AUUUUGAUACUCAUCCCCACUGUGAGUUUAGCCAGCUGUCAGUUCGCGCUGCUGUUUUUUUUGCCACUUUCUGUCAGUAUUGAGUUGUCACGGAGUUUUUAUUACAGGGUUAAGUUGUCAAUAUGCCCAAAGGAGGUAGGAAAAGUGGCCACAAGGGUCGCAUGCGGACGUACACCAGCCCUGAGGAGAUAGAUGCCCAGAUGAAGGCAGAGAAGGAGAGGAAAAAGCAAGAGCAGGAAGCAGAAGAGGCGGGGGGUGCAGCUCAGAUUGACGCGGCAGAGGAGAAGCUUCCGGCAUCAGGAUCAGAAGACAGCGACGAUGAAAACUCAGAUAGGAGGAGAGCGGGCGUGGAGGGCUUGAUAGAAAUCGAGAAUCCUAACAGGGUGGCUCAGAAGUCCAAGAAGGUGACGCAGAUUGAGCUGGAUGAGCCCAAGCAGUUAUCAAGGAGAGAGAGAGAGGAGAUUGAGAAGCAGAAAGCGAAGGAGCGCUACAUGAAGAUGCACUUGGCAGGGAAGACGGACCAGGCCAAAGCCGACCUCGCUCGCCUCGCCAUUAUCAAGAAACAGAGAGAAGAGGCGGCAAGAAAGAAAGAAGAAGAGAAAAAAGCAAAAGACGCAGCGGCAGCAGCAGCAGCGGCGGCGCGAGGAGUAAACUCCCUCUCACUGAAAUGAUGCAGAGUAUUUAUCAGAGGCAUUUUUACAUGUUCACGGACUGGCGCAAUAUAUAUUUGACUAUUUUUAAAGGAAGAGCUAUGGUGUCGACAUUACUGUAAACAUAUGACCAUUUGGAAAAUGGUUGCGACGACACCAGUGGAGAGGGGGUGUGUAUAUUUUGGCAUGGAAUAAUGGCCUCGCUGAUCCCGCCAGGAAGUAAAGCUACAAUUGAGAAAACAUCGGUCUUCACGUACACUUGGAAUGAACCCCUGCUAACCUAUGAUCUCAUACAAGAUAUUAAUACUGGUAUACUUGUCAUUGUACAACUAUGACUUUGCUAACUGAGCUUUGCCAUUAUGUUUUCUUGGGGGAUCCUAACUUGUAUAUAACUGACUCAUGGAAAUAUUUCAGAUUAAUAUGAUGAAACCAGUAAAAUGUGUACAUUUC